CCGCUGAGGCUGCUCGAGGAUGGGAUCGUCCAGACGGCGAUCGAGAACAAUCCCAUGGAGGGGACAGCCUUGUACAAGGAUUUCCUGGCGGCGCGCUUCGGUGCCAAGCUGCGUUUCCUGAUGGCCGAGGCGUCAGGUGCUCACGGGCCAGUGAAUUCAGACGAGAGGGUUUAUUUUCAGCUCUCGGCCAUGGGCAAAAGCUUCGAGGGCAGGAAGGAACGCCUAUGCCAAAACACGCAGGACUUGUUCAACUUCGGCCUUGCGUGGUUCAACCCCUCUGUGUCCCUCGCCGACAAAGCGCGCUUCCUUUGCGGGCGCCCAGACGGGGCCGACCGGCCCCGCAAGGGCGCAAAGGGCAAGGCGGAGGGGGGCAAGGCUGAUCCGACCGAGGACACCGACGUAACGGAUAGACCUCGCAAGAGCGCCAGGGCAGCCAAGGGGCUGUCUGCGGAUGGGCCUGAGGGUGGGUCCCCGUCCAAACCUGCAGACGUCAAUGACGGGCGCGGGAACUGGGCGUUGUUGCAGCAAUGGUUGCCUGGAAGCCCAUAUCUGGCGUUCGAGCGUUGGUGCAUCGGGGCGAAGGCCGUGCCGCACCUGGAAUCGUUCCUGGAAAUCGUUGGCGGUGCGCCACAUGAGCUGUGGGAGAUUUUCGAGGGCGUAUUGCACCCGACCGUGAAGGCCCUGCAGAAGCUGCAUGCCAAGUUCGCAGCAGGAAACGUUCCUGCCGACGUCCGCACCUAUUGCGUGAAGCACACGGCCGCCUUGAAGCCCCCGUCUUCGCAGGAGGAUGACAGCGACGGGGGUGGCUUGAAGGCGGACGACGACGACGAGAAGAUUCAGAUUCCGACGGGCGGCGCGCCGCGGGUGACCGAGAAAGAAUUGCUGUUGCUGGUUGGCGGCGCUCUCGCAGCUUUCUGGAGCAGGGUGGAGAAGUCAGACGUGCCGAAGGGAAUCCAGGAGAUCCUCCAGGCGCGCGAGCAGUGCCAGAAGGAGAAGGCGGACCUGAAGGGCGCUGCCCAGAAGGCAGCGGCGGAGGAGGCAGCUGCCGGCCAGGGCGCGGCCAAGGCGGGCGAUGAGAAGACCGGCGAGCAGACCGCCAAGGCCGAACAGGCGCCG